AUGGAGGGAAACUAUCUUCUAUUAUGGAGCAUUUCUAUUGCAGCACUAUCCUGCAUUUUUUCUUGGUUUUACUGGCAGAAUUAUAAGAAGAAGAAGAUAGGCUUUGGGCCCAUCACAUUACCACCAGGUGAUACUAGCUGGUCAGCCAUUAUCGGCGAUUGUCUUAGGUGGUACAACUCUAUAUCAAGCUCUCAUCCCCCCGAAUUUGUUGAAGAGCAGGUGAAAAGGCAUGGAAAAGUGUUCACUUGCAGUUUAUUUGGAAGAAGAGCUGUAGUUUCAGCUGAUCCAGUGUUCAACCGGUAUAUAAUGCAGAAUGAAGGAAAGCUAUUUCAAUCUAGCUAUCCAAAGUCUUUUAGAGAUCUGGUUGGGAAGAAUGGGGUGAUUGUAGUUCAUGGAGAGCAGCAGAAGAAACUUCAUGCAAUUGCAGUGAAUAUAAUGAAGCUUGAGAAGAUUAGUUCCAACUCAAGUUUCUUAAGUGAUGUACAAAUGAUAAUGCUUCAAACUAUAAACUCUCUUUCUGAUAAUGAGGUUGUUGUGCUUCAGGAUGUUUGCAGGAAGGUGGCAAUCAAUUUGAUGGCUAAUCAACUGAUGGGAGUGUCAUCUGAGUCUGAAAUCAACGAGAUGGCAUGUCUGUUUUCUGAUUUUGUAGAUGGUUGCUUAUCUGUCCCAAUUAACUUGCCAGGAUUUGCCUAUCACACUGCUAUGAAGGCAAGAGAAGGCAUCAUUGCCAAGAUCAAGAAUACAAUAGCUGUUGGGAUGCAGCAGGGUGGAUCUGUAGAAAGAAGUGGAGUGCUUGGGAGGCUGGUGGAGGAAGAGAACUUGAAUGAUAAUCAAAUAGCUGAUUUCAUCAUAAAUCUGCUCUUUGCUGGAAAUGAAACUACAACUAAAACAAUGUUGUUUGCUGUUUAUUUCCUCACUCAAUGCCCUCAGGCAUUAGAGGAGCUCCUGAUUGAGCAUGCGAGCAUCAGAAGAAUGAACCACAAUGAGAUUCUUGAAUGGGAUGACUACAAAGCAAUGCCUUUCACUCAAUGCGUUAUUGAUGAAACCCUCAGACUUGGGGGUAUAGCAAUUUGGUUACUGAGGGAGGCAAAAGCAGAUGUGGAAUAUAAAGACUUUACUAUCCCACAAGGCUACCUUGUGGUGCCAUUUCUAUCAGCUAUUCACUUGGAUGAAGGAAUAUACCCUGAAGCUUUACAAUUCAACCCAUGGAGAUGGUUGGCUGAAGAGAACAAGGAGAAGAGAAAUUGGAGAACUAGCCCAUAUUUUUCACCUUUUGGAGGGGGAGCUAGAUAUUGCCCUGGGGCUGAAAUUUCACGCCUUCAGAUUGCUUUCUUUUUGCAUCAUUUUGUUAGCAAAUGCAGGUGGACUCAAAUUGCAGAGGAUCGGAUGUCCUUCUUCCCUUCAGCUCGUCUUGUGAAUGGAUUUCGAGUGCGUAUUUCCAAGGUGUAG